AUGUGCGGAUUGGUGCGGAUCUUGUGCCUGCUGGGAAUAAUGGCUCUACUUCUGCCAGUGGGUUACCACAGUGAAAGUGUCGAGGGAGGCGACCUACUGAACCCGGCUUAUGGAGACUUUUACGGGAAUGCCAGUGCUCCCAGGUUACUGCGAUUCCGCGACUUUGAACCACGAGAACCCAGAAAUGUGGCCUACAUUUUGGAGGAGGAUACCCUGCCAGGAGUGGAGCGCGAGGGACGUGGCUUUCAUUUCCAUGCUAGCGGUGAGGAUGUGAGUGUGGAGCUGGAGUUUAUUGUUCCAUUCCUGAAAGUGCCCGUAAAAAGGAGCAUGAACCUGGCCCGAGAUGCUGUCCAGAGUCUCCUCAAUCUCCGAACGGGAGCAAUUCUGAAUACUGUUGUGGUGGUGGCUGCUGGAGCGGUCAUAGCAGCUGUGGUGCGUCUUCUUCUGGCUCCCCUGGUGAUCACCUCGCUGGGCAAUGGUUAUGGCUACAAAUCAGAUACCGGCAGGGGCAUGCGGAGACUGACUGAUGUGGUGGAAUCCCAACUGGAGGAACAUAAUAUCGACAUGACCAUCUGCGUUCAGCAGCUCAUCUGCCAGUAUCUGCAAAGGAAUUUGUCGUCUGGAUAUGCGAGAGUUCUCAAUGUGUUGGCCAGCUCUUCCUGGCUUCCAUCCUAUGUGCAAGGAACUGCAGUUUUCCAGGCCGUUCAAUCCUCCAGAAGCAAUCGCAGUUGUUCCCAUACAUUCCGCAACUGCAGAUGGCCCAAACGUUUAAACUGGACAUCGGGAUCGCUGCCACAAAUACUGCAGUUCUUCAAUGGAUAA